GACCCGACCCGUAUUACAAUAUCUUGAAGCAAAGUCUUCGUCACGAACCUCUCGAUUGAUUCUUCCACUAAACUUGCGUCUUCAAUGGCGACUCCAUCUCCUCCGGUGAAUCUCUGGGUAGUCUUAUCGGAAUCAAAACGAAUCAUAAACGCUCACUCACGCCACUUCUUAGCUCUCUCCGUUAUCUUCCUCCUUCCCCUCUGCUUCUCCGUCACAGUAUACCCUUCCGUCUUCCGCCUCAUCACCGAUCAAUCCUCCGCUUCUCACAACAGCGUCUCUCUCCUCCGCGGACUCCACAACAACAACGAUGACGGCGAUGAUAUCGACACCAAAACGACGGUCUUGCUUCUGAUUGCUUACAUCGUUGUUGUAACCGUCUUCAAUCUCUUAGCUAUUGGAUCAAUCGCUUAUAGUGUUUUCCAAGGAUUCUAUGGUAGACCUGUGAAAUUGAUCUCCGCCGUUAAAUCAAGCUUCGCUUCGUUUUUACCUCUUCUCGCUACUUUGACUUCAUCCAAUUUCAUCGUUUUUGGGGUUUUUCUGAUUCUAGGGAUUUUAGCUUUCUUGUUCACUAAGCUUAUCCAGAUCAUCCCAGGUCUCGAAUUCGAUUACGCUUCUCCCUAUUUCCAAGCUUUCACUAUGGUAGUCACAGUUAUCUCUAUUGCAAUUACGAUUAAGCUCUAUGUGGAUUGGAUUCUAGCUUGGGUUAUUGUUGUUGUUGAAGCAGCUUGGGGUUUAGCUCCAUUGAAGAGAAGUAAAAGCUUAGUUAAAGGAAUGAAAGGUGUUUCUUUGUCUAUAAUCGUCUUCUUCGCUACAACCGAAUUGGUUCUAGUAUGGAUCAGUACCGUAGCUGCCUCGGCUCAGCUCGACGAUGACGGUGGGAAGUUGUGGACGAAUGCUUUCUUUGUGUUGCAGAUUGUGAUCACGUCUGCGUUCUUAACGCUGUUGACGCUGUAUAAUCUUGCGGCGACUACUGUGAUGUAUAUGUAUUGUAAAGCUGUUCAUGGCGAGCUUGCUUGGGAGAUAGCUGAAGAGUUUGCAAGGGAGUAUGUGAGCUUGCCUUUUGAUGAUGGUAAAGUUCCUCACUUGGUCUCUGUAGCUUACAACAACAUCUGAUGAAUGAUGAUGAUGAUGAUGAUGAUGAUGAUGAUGAUGAAGUAAAGGUUCUGUUUGUUUUGUUGAUAUGGGUUUCCAAAGGUAGUGUUUUGAAAAUCUGGUCUUUUUGUAUGAUAGAGCAUGUUGUAACUUUGUAUAUUCAUCUUCUUUACUGUUCUUGAGACUUCAAAACUUUUGUAAUGUCUCUGAAUGAUACUGGUUAAUCUGAAUCAAAAUUUAUUCUGAA